CAUCUGUUCGAUUUAGUACGUUUCAUAUCUAUGUAAGGAAUGCAUGUUGACUUAUUGAAAAAAAAAGCAAAAUAGUGUCUUAUAUGUAUUAAUGUAUUUGGGUUAUCUUGUUAUCCUUGUAUUCUCAUCUGCGUGGUUCACCGUGAAUUCGUAAUGUUGUCUUUCAAAGGUUCAUGUUCCGUAUGUAAACAAACUUUGACUGUUUUCGCUCCGGGUUUCGUCUGUUACGAUUGUGAAAAGUUUUUCCAUGGAAAUUGCCUCACACCACCGCUUACUAUCGAGGAGAUGAAUGCAGUCGUUGUAAAGACACGACAAUGGCUUUGCGCACCUUGCAAAGCCAUCAGGGGUAAAGAAUUCGUUGAAGUGUUAAGACCGGACAAGGAGGCUAGAGAAAUUAAAAAAAAGAUCGAGGCGAUUAACGAAAUCCGUGAUCUAUUGACUCGUAUAGAAGAAGUAUUAGACGACACGACGAAUCAAUGUGAAAAACUGACGGAACAGGCUAAAACCCUGCAGAGGAAGAACUUGGAUCUCAGAAUGCGCAUGCUUACAUACACCAAAGGGCAAAGAAUGACAGUUUUUCGUAUCAACCCCGAUGAUAAAAUUGCCAGGGAACGAUGGUUAUUUACACACAAAAAGCUGAAUAAAGCGGUGGACCCCAAUGAAAAGUCAGAUUUGAUCACCGCCCAUGAAAAUAUCCUGAAAGAGAUCAAGAAAGAAACGUUCAAGAACAAACUAAAAACAAGCGAAAAAUUAAUGCUUUACCUUCAAGAGUCUCUUUCAAGCGUUUCCAAGGGAGGGUUCAUCCAACUCGUACUCAUAAUUCUAAUUACGCUGUACACCUUACUUGGAGCCUUCGUUUUCAUGCUAGUCGAAGGCAUAUAUGAAAAACAGCUACUGCACGAAAUCUUUGAUCGCAGGAUGGCCAUCAUAGAAAAGAUGGCUCAGAAUCAUAAAAACGGAGGAGGCGCGGCUGCAUCGUCUCAGACAGAAUUGGAAUCAUAUUACGAUUUUUUAUGGGAAUAUUACAAUAUCAACAACAAACUGCUCCAGCCCGGAGAUGUUCCGAAUUGGAAUUAUUUGGGAUCAGUCUUCUUCUGCGGAAUAACCUACACUACUAUCGGAUUCGGUUACUUUGUCCCGGUAACUGUUAUUGGCAAAAUUAUAACUGUGCUUUAUAUUUUGUUUGGUAUACCUCUUUUCCUGAUACUCAUGGCAACGUUGGGCACAGCGAUGUACAAUAUGUUAAGAUUGCAGUGGAAAUGGUUUAAAACGGUUCUUAAUUGCAAAUGUUGUGGGAAAAAAGAUAAAAAAUCUAUAGACUCCGUAGAGGAAGACGUUCAUGAUGUUCCGAUACUUCUGGUCAUUCUUGUGGAAAUGGUCUACCUUAUCAUUGGAGGAAUCAUAUUCACAUUUAUAGAGGCGUGGACCUUUACGGAAUCACUUUACUUCGUUUUUAUAUCAAUGACUGUUGGGUUUGGUGACUACAUUCCGAGCAAAAUCGGCUACAUGAUGGCUUUAUUUGCUUACAUUGUACUUGGUCUAGCACUUACAAGCAUGGUAAUAUCUACUAUAAGUUUUAAAAUAGUCUCAAGCUUCGAAAAGGCAACGCACAAAUUGGGUACGAGUAUCGAGCGCUACCUUCAUGACCAGUAUAUGAAAGAAGCAAUGGGAGAUGAUACAAAAUAAAACACAAAUACAUUUAUAUACAAUAUCA